AUGACCAUUCUCCUGAGUUCACCCUCUGACCUCCUGGGCGCUAAACUGCCAUUUCUCAGACCCCAACAACCAUUGGCCCUCACAGUUGUUGUCCUGACAAUGACCUACACAGUUAAGAACCUGGGCUUCCAGCCUCUUAUGGAAGAGAGUCCUAUCUUUAUGUCUAGUCCCCUGCAGGUCGGCCUGCUAUUUGGCAUGCUCUGUCUCAGGAAAGGCACCAUGCUGCCAUUGGUGGUUCUGCUGCUCUUUGAUUCCUGUUUUGAGACAAAUUCUAAGGUGCAUCUCCAAGUCCAGCCAAACCCUGUGUUUGAAGGAGACACGCUGACUCUACAAUGCAGUGCAACGAACCACACGCUGUCCCAGGUGAAGUUCUACAAAGAUGGAAAAUUCCUUAAUAUCUCUGUGAACAACAGCUCUCUGUCCAUAAAGACCACAACAGUGAGAAACAGCGGGAAUUACAGCUGCAGUGGGAAAAUGGUACAUUUUGAACAAGUCUCACAGCUAGUCAUGAUUGAAGUCCAAGAGUUGUUCCAGACUCCUGUGCUGAGCUCUGUCCUCCCUCCAUACUUCCAAGAGGGGAGACCACUGGUCCUGAGGUGUCAGACACAGCUGCACCCCCAGAAGCUAGCCUUGUGGUCCUUUUACUCUUUCUACAAGGACAGUCAUGUCAUUCAGGACAAGAGUCACGACCCAAUAUUUCACAUCUCAGAAAUCAAGGAGAAAGACUCUGGGCUUUACCAGUGUGCAGUGGCCACUAAGGAUGGCCUAAUCCAGAAACAAAGUCAACAUUUUGAGAUCCAUGUACAGGUGCCUGUAUCCCAUCCUGUGGUUACUCUGCGACAUGAAGCUGCUAACCCUGCUGCAGGAGACAUGGUGGAGUUUCUCUGUGAGGUCCAGAGCGGCUCCCUUCCAAUCUUGUAUUCAUUCUACCUUAAUGGAGAGAUACUAGGGGAAUCCCUGGCUUCCACAGACAGAGUCGCCUCCCUCCGCAUCUCAGCAAAGCCAGAGUGGAGUAUUCAGGAUUAUUCCUGUGAAGCUAAAAACCAUGUCUCCAAAGAGAUGAGUGAGCCUGAGAAGUUCCCCAUGGUUGUCUUGUCUGCCUCAACCAACAGCAACUGGACAAUUGCUUGGAUACUUGCAAGCCUGCUUGGUGGGAUAGUCCUUGCCACUGUGUUUCUAAUUUGCUUCUUCAGGCCCUGUAAAAAAAAUGCUUUCCUGCAGGACAUUCACAUCUAUGCAUCAGUGAAAAAGCCAGGGAAAAAACCACAGCUGAGUGAGACUGCUACUAAUGAUCUGGACCCAAACAACACGACCAGUCAAGAGUCCCUCAGUGUCUGA